GAGCAUUUCACGAGCUCACUUCUUAUUAGAAAGGAUGUCAUUCCCUACUCCGCGUCACCCUUUCUCCACAGCUUCGAUUAACCACCUGUCCUCAAAGAGUCUCAAGCCCCAAAUCGUACGAACACAACCCAAGUCCGGUGAAACAAGUCUCUCUUGGCGAACCCACCCCUCGAUACCCCCAAUACCCAAAGGCCCGCUCUUCCCAAAAAAGCAGGUGGCCACAGCACUCGGAGCAUACAGGGUAUUACGGGUAUACAGGAUGGGGUGCCAACAGCUGCUAGGGCUACUUGGAAACAGGCAGAAAGGGUUCAAAGACCGGAUCGGAAGCGCGGGUCGCAAUUCAUGUUGGGAGGUCUAGCAGUGCCUUGAAGAGAACGUAGGCACAGAGUGUGAGAGGUGGUGGACUGCGGAGCUAACGUCCUAGAAAGCUUCCUACUAUUGAUGUCG